AUGGCCAUGGCCUCCAAACGCCCUACUAAGGAGCACGCGACUGAACACCGCAGUGAGCAGACCGGACCGGUUUGGACGCCGGAGACCACUGUUCGCUACCGCGAUACCCAUAUCCACAACCUGGCUGCCUCUAGGUCUCAACGUGGCUGCCCGCAUUACGGAGGCAUACAACCACCAUCUAAUCUCCAGUAUGAAGGGACGCUGUGCGCCAGUACCACAAAGUGUACUGGAGUCGCGGAUGUUUCCAUGGUACGCUCGCCUGAGGCAGAGCUCUGGGACAACACAAGUCACCCUAACGAAUACCUCUCCAAGGAUCGGCGUCACGCGGGCUACCUCAUGGAGUGCCAUUCCUCGCUGGAGGGGGGAACUAUUGGCGGAGUUGAUCUCUGGUGGUUGGAAUGGCGGAAACCUGCCAAAUCCUGA